AUGGCGACCAUGUUAAGUACUUUAGAAUAUAAAUUUUUCUAUAUUAAACAUGGCAGAGUCUCAAGAACUGACUACUGGACAUACAUGCAUUUGAAGGCUAAAAUUUCGACGGCCUACGUUGUUGGAACAGGGGGAGGUGGAGGUCAUCAUAAUCCUCAACGUAAUCUUCAGCAAGAUCACGAAGCCAGUGCUCCUGAAAUUGAACGUCAUCAGCCAGACCUAGUUCCAGUUCAAAAGAAGAGAGAACACAGAACUAGUAGUUAUGGAAGACGAAUUAGAAAACCAACUAUAUUCAAAGACUUUGUGACAGAUUAUUAG